AUUAAAAAAUAAAAAAUUAAAAAAAAAAAAAAUGUAAAAGCAGUGAUCUUGUUCACCGGGCUUUUCUAACCUAAAGCACAAACACUCGCUGUUGUACAAUUCGGCGACCUCUCUCAGAGAGUCUCUCUUUGUCUUUGUCUUUCUCGCCUGUCUGUGUUUUGGCAACGGCAACUACCGGGGACUCGGUCUCUGUCUCUCGCUGCUGCGGCGAUUCACUGCACCUCCGGUUUGUUCUCUAUUUCAUAAAAUCUCUGCAGGUUUUUAUUAAAGACCUGAGCUGAGCUCCGGAUUUUAUAUUCGAAGUCUGAGGUUCAAUAAUCUCCGAAGCUAUGGCUCGUUUCAGAAAUAAGAAGAACAAGCCGUUUGUGAAGCCGAUUGUGAUGAAGAAGCAACCUAAUGUGGACCAUAUCACGGGAGAUAAGAUCCCAAAGAGUUUUGUUUUCUCGAGGGGCAAGUUACCUGGUUCGCUCAGGCAACUUCAAUCGGAUUUGAGAAAGCUGAUGCUUCCCUAUACUGCUCUCAAGCUUCGGGAGAAGAAACGCAACAAUCUCAAGGACUUUCUAAAUGUUGCUGGGCCUAUGGGUGUUACACAUUUCCUCAUGUUGUCAAAAACUCAAUCUGCAGCAUAUCUGAGGGUUGCAAGAACACCGCAAGGCCCAACUCUUACAUUUAAAAUUCAUGAGUACUCGUUGGCGGUCGAUGUUGCUAAUUCUCAGUUGCGACCAAGAUGUCCUCAAGAUCUUUUCAAAAAUCCGCCCUUGAUUGUUCUUUCUGGUUUUGGGAAUGGAGAUCAACAUCUGAAACUCACAACUGUAAUGUUUCAGAACAUCUUUCCAGCCAUUGAUAUCAACACCGUCAAACUUUCUUCAUGCCAGAGAAUCUUGUUGCUUAACUACAACAAAGACACCAAGCGUAUCGAUUUUCGGCAUUAUUCCAUAAGAUUACAGCCUGUUGGGGUCUCCCGGAGACUUAGAAAAUUUGUGCAGAACCAUCAAGUCCCUGAUCUUAGAAAUCUUCAAGACGUGAGUGACUUCGUAACAAAGGCCGGUUACGGAUCAGAAAGUGAAGGAGAUGAUGAAGCAGCAACAGUAACUCUGACCAGUGAUCUUGGUAGAGUUAAUCGAGCUUCCACAAGAAGCGCUGUCAAGCUUCAAGAGAUUGGACCUAGAAUGACUCUUCAACUUAUCAAGAUUGAGGAAGGAUUGUGUUCUGGUGGAGUCAUCUUUAGUGAAUAUGGAAAUGCCGAUGGCAAAAAGAAGCAAAACGAUCAGGAAGAAGAUAUUGAAGAAGAUGGAGAUGGAGAUGAAGAUACCGAAGAAGAUGGAGAUGAAGAUUCUGAAGAUGGGGGAGAUGUUGAAAAAGACUAGAAACCUUUGAAUAUCAAAAUCCUGGGUAGCUCACAACCGAAUGUCGAGAGGAUUUAACCAGCUUUUAUUGGUUACUUGACUUUUUAUUUAUUUAUUUAUUUUUUUAUGAGUUGGGUGGGGAAGAGUCGUCAGAAAGAAAUCAUAUGUAAAAUCGUAGACAAAAAAGCUUCCAUGAAAUUUUGUUUUGAGAUUAACCAGAGAUUUUUUUAGAUUGAUGAAGAUAUAAUUAAAAUUAGAUUACAUGAAAA